GGACCCGUAGCCACCAUAGGUAUCUCCAUUACCACAACCACGUCCUCUACUGUGUCCCAUUUGCAAAAGGACACCACGCUGACCAAGAUAUUUGUGGGCGGUUUGCCGUAUCACACGACCGAUGACAGUUUGCGAUGUUUUUUCGAACAAUUCGGCCCGAUCGAGGAAGCCGUGGUCAUUACCGAUCGACAGACUGGAAAAAGUCGUGGUUAUGGAUUUGUAACCAUGGUACGAAGCGAAGAUGCUCUCCUAGCCAUCCGUGAGUUAAACCCGUGUGUUGAUGGACGCAAAGCGAAUGUGAAUUUAGCCGUCCUUGGAGCGAAACCACGU